CGGUGCGAUUAAUUUGUUUUUUAUUUCUUUCUCCUGUUGUUGUCUCCAAUUUAUUAGUAUAUGAAAAGUGUUUCGGUUCUCUUUUCUCUCUGUGUGUACGGGUUUCGCUUGUUUAUUAUUAUUUUUUCGGUUUGAUUCACUUUGUGCACAGUAGAAAAAAAAGUGACUUCGAUCAUUUUAAUUUUUUUCGCCAAUUAAUUUGCUUUAACAUUGCCAAUUUUGAAUGUAUUUAUUUUGUGUUUGCACAUUUGUAUCAUCGAUUACCGUUGUCAAAACAGCCACAGAGAGUUAAACAGUCGAGUGUUUGUGUGAUAUUAUCAUUUAGAAACGUUUCAAACUCGGAAAACCUGACACCAUUCAAUUCUUCUAUUUUACUUGCUGCUGCUACUGCUGCUGUGCCUCAUACUCUUGCUCGUGACGACGGAUAUUGUUAUUGAAUUGUGCAUAUAAAGAGUAUUGUUGUGGUUGAGAAAUAUAAAUAAGAGAGGAGAGAAAAAAAGAAGAAAACGAAACAGGUGUUACCGCAACCACGUGAAAAAUAUUGAUCAGACGUUAACACGGAAAGACCGCUAACGGAAAUCAACAACCAGUAGCAGUUCAAAGAGUUUCACCAGUUGCAGUACUAACAGAGUAAUCAUAAGCGCAAGAAAAAGAGUCGAUUGCAUGUUAUGGGCGAUUUAAAUGUCAAUUUUCAUUUUCAUUCAUUGCCUGGCGUGUAUAGAUUGGUAAAUUCGCCGGGAAAAAUGUAUCCAACGGCAACAACGGAUGAUGCAAAUCCAGGCGAAUAUAAGCAGCCGCCAAAUGAUUUGGAAACAACGGCAACAACAGCUGGUGCAACAGCCACAACAACGGUUGUUGUGAAAAAUGAAUCGGGCGAAGGAUCUGUUUUUCGAAAAGUAACCACGACAACGCAUGAGAACGGUAACAACCGAGAACAUAUUAAACUCGAACCGAUUAAAAUCGAACCCAUGGAAACUGAUCAUCAACAAAACGGUAACAACGAUCAAACAUUGAUUGUUGAUAUUAAAAAAGAGGAGAACGGUGACAGUGGAAAAUCAACAUCAGCCACCACCACCACCGUCGCCAUAAUAACAACAACAGCAACAACAAAUAAUACGAAAAAUGGUACCGAACCGCAUUACGAAACACCAAUUAAAAUCGAAGCCAAUGGUAAUGGUACGAACGGUACGACACCGCCGGGAUCAUCGUCCAUUAUCGCACAUCCGAUGACAAUUGGACAAGAAGAUUUAGCCGCCAAAGAAGAAUUGCUAAGAGCUCAAAUUAGCAAUGGAAUAGUAUUUGGCCGUUUAACCUGCAACAAAAACGUACUCUUUAUCACCGAGAAUGUGGUGAAAAUUGGACGCAAUUCAAAAGCGUCCACCGUUAAUUUUCAUGUAGGUGAAAACACCUACGUAUCACGCAAGCAUAUACAAAUCAUUUACGAUCGUAAUAAUCAAGAUUUUUUCAUGGUAUGCCUCAGUAAAAAUGGCAUCUUUAUCGAUAAUGAGCUUCAUCACAAGAAAACUGCACCGCUGAAAUUGCCACAACGAUGUACCUUUCGUUUUCCAAGUACAAAUAUUUUAGUGAAUUUUGAGAGCUAUAUUGAAAAAAAAGAGAAUAACUAUGUGGACAGUGGUAAUGGCGGUGUGCUGGUCGAGCAUGCAACAAACAAUAAACUUGCGCCGACACAUGCGACUGAAAUAUAUCAUCCGCAACAUCAACAAUCGCAUCAUCAAAUGGUGCCGCAACCGCCACAAUACCAACAACAACAACAGCAACAACAAUUCAUUGACAAUAAACAAUCGACCGCAUUAUCUCGCGGUCCAUUGAAGAUAAAUAUUCCACAGCAUGAAAAUGAUCCACGAAAUACGAUUCAGUAUGGACAGCACCAUCACCAUCAGCCACAACAACAACAACCGCAGCAAACAAACUAUCAGCGUAAACAUCAUAGUUUGCCAUCGCCAACGACGACAAUUAGUGCGGCAAACAGUUGUCAAACAUCACCGAGACAAGGUGUUCAACCGAACGAAUCCACCGCAUCCAUUUCGACCGCAUUUCAAAAUGAAAAUUUCAUUGCACCACUAUCAUCUAAUAAUGACACCGAAAAACCAUCGUACAGUUAUGCUCAAUUGAUUGUACAAGCAAUUUCAGCAUCGCCCGAAAAGCAACUCACAUUGUCCGGCAUUUAUGCAUUCAUUUCACGUCAUUAUCCGUAUUAUCGGUUGGAGGCGAGCAAAGGAUGGCAAAAUUCCAUUCGUCACAAUUUGAGUUUGAAUAAAUAUUUUAUGAAAGUGGCUCGUACCCAAGAUGAACCGGGAAAGGGUUGCUUUUGGCGCAUCGAUCCAAACAGUGAAAGUAAAUUGAUUGGCCAAAGUUAUAAAAUACGUAAACAUCGUGGUAGCCAAAAUACGCGCGCUUCCUUUGAUAUGUCACGUUCCGCCCCCGUAUCACCGAUUGAAAAUCAACAUAUGUACGAAGCAAAUGAGCUAAUGCUUCAAUCAGCACCCGAAUCACCGGACGGCUUCACGACCGCACACGAAGAAAUGGUUGUGAAUAAUUUUGCCAGUGGCGCUGACAUGAUUUACGUACGAAAUGAUAUGAAUGGUAGCGGAAUCGGCCACAAACGAUCCUAUGACAAUGUCAGCGAAUCAAAUGGUAGCGGCGGCGGUGGUGGUGGUGGCGGUGGCGGUGGCGGAAACAUUGUUUCGCACACAAUUCAAGUACAUGCCGACGACAGUGACAACUACGAUUCAUCGAUGAAACGCAAGUACAUCAACAGCGGCGGCAUUCAACCAGCUAACUAAACAAUUAAUUAAGGCUAUGGGAGCAUAAACACAACAUACACUACACCAUCUAUUAUUGAUCAAAUUGAAUGAUUAGAAGAAGAAAGAAAGAAGAAAAAAACAAACAAACAAAUGUCAAACAGACAGAGAUAGAUAGACAGAUAGACAGAGGCAUGUUCAGAAUUUCAAUCUAGUACCUUUACAUUGGGUCAUCCUUAUACACACAAAGACAACUAGUUAAAACGUAAUUGAAUCUGCAAAAUCAGAAUUUUCAACGCAAAAAUACUGAUGUUAAUAUUUAUGUUCCUUUUCAUUUUAAAAUGUUGAGAGAAAACAAACGAAAUCGCCACUACUUCGAUGUACGGCAUACGUAUGGAAAUUUAAUUGUUUUUUUUAGGAUGCAAAAACUAUCGUGAAUAAAUAUUUUAGUUUGAUGUUUUAUCA